GGCAGUUGCUGGGCGCACGCCUCCCGGCUGGCAAUGGAGUCCCGGGCGGAGGUCAAGGGGAUGAAAAACAUUGGGUGGUCGGCGCACCAGAUCAUCGCGUGCACGCCGAACCCGAAGCACUGUGGCGGCGAGGGCGGUUGCGAGGGGGCCACCGCCGAGCUCGCUUACGAGUACGUGCUGAACAAGGGCCUCCUGCAAGAGGCCGAGUACCGCGCCCAGGCCGGGGACGACCAGAAGGCAGAGUGCCCGAAGCCCUUAAAGGUGUCCACCGAGGUGGCCACCAGGGGCAUCGUUGGCGCUGACGGCAGCGAGGAGCACCGUGGAAAGGCGCAGAUGGCCGGUCGUGCCCUUGGCCUAAUCGGGUGGACGAAGUUGCCUGAGAACAAAGAGGACGCGAUCGUGCGGGAGCUGAUGGCCAACGGCCCGCUGUACGUCGCGGUGGCCGCCGGCGACGGCUGGUUCGACUACAGUACGGGCGUCAUGACGGAGGAUUCGUGCGACAGGGAUUUCAUCGUUAACCACGCGGUGGUCCUCUUCGCCUGGGGCGUAAAGCAGAAGACGGUGCGCGGGCCGGUCAAGUAUUGGCAGAUCAAGAACAGUUGGGGCCCGCAGUGGGGGGAGAACGGCACGGGCCGCUUCAUCCGAUCGGACGCCGAGGACAGAUUAAGGUGUGCGGCUGGGACGAGAACCUCAGGACGGGUCCGCUGCGACGGCGGCCCCGAGAGGGUGUGGGUCUGCGGCACGUGCGGCAUCCUCUACGACGUCGUGGCGCCGCACUUCUGAGGUGCAUGGGCGCUCUGGAGUUUCCAGAGCCAGCGCCGUUUUCCGCCCGCCUCUCCCCCCCUCGACCUCCGGGGGCCUCCUUCUCCCCCUAUCCUCAUCCGCGCCCUCCCCCAUGGGAUUCUUCCCUCAGAAAGCCCGCCGCGCCGUCUGGCGGGGCCCAAUAUUGUUCCUGGCUUCCCAUUUUCGAGUGCUUCUCUACGCCCCCGUGCGCUGGGGGGGGGGGCAGUAGGUCUAGGCCACCUGCCCGCGCUCGCCUCGAAAAGCCCCUGGCCUGCCUGCCGGCUGUUCGACGAUCUGAUUUUUGUGCAAGCGACGCUGGGGCCUGUGAUCGGUCGGGUCCUGCUAGAAGUGCCCCCUUGCCCAGGGUGCCUCCAGGAUUUCCAGGCAGGCCCCCACGGCGCG